CCAGACUACGCAGAGUCUCCCUAUACACGAUCAAUACCCCAAUUACAGUUUAUAUUACUGUGUCUAAUUAACUACUAUUCCGUACUGUAGUUAAACAGGCCUUUCUCUUGCCCCUCCUCCCCUAGAAGAAAUACAGGAAAAUACCGUGAUCGUGCUGUGUCGGCUAUUGACUCCCAAGUCAAUAGCCGACGCGGAGGAAAUCCGGUUAUGACGAACAAACCCCACGUUGCCUGAUUAAAAUGGCAGGACAACAGACUGUUAUAUACACUCGUUCGACUUCAAUUCCUGAGCUACGUUGAUAUCUUCAUCAUCAUCAUCAUCGUUGUUGUUAUUAUAAUCCGUCAUGGCUUCUACCUGUCAAGCUCUCGUCCUUCAUGGCGCCCAAGAUCUCCGUCUGGAAUCCAAACCAGUCUCCCCCCCUCAGGGCGCAGAAGUCCAAGUCGCCAUCAAAGCCACCGGUCUCUGCGGCUCCGACCUGCACUACUACAACCACGGUCGCAAUGGCGACUUUGUGGUCCGCGAACCCAUGUGCCUCGGCCACGAAUCCUCAGGCAUCGUCACAGCCAUCGGACCAGAGGUAACAACCCUCCAACCCGGCGACCGGGUUGCCCUCGAAGUCGGCCUCCCAUGUCGCAAAUGUCUCCUCUGUCGCCAGGGCCGCUACAACCUCUGCCCCGGGAUGAGGUUCCGCAGCAGCGCAAAGACCUUCCCGCAUCUCGACGGCACCCUGCUCGAACUCACCAACCACCCGGCAGCCAUGUGCCACAAGCUGCCCGAAUCCGUCUCCUACGCCGGCGGCGCCCUGGUCGAACCCCUCGCCGUCUGCCUACACGCCAUCCGCCGCUCCAACCCGCCCUCGAAACCCGACACUGACGCCGCCGCCCUGGCCGAAUCCGACAAACCGACCGCGCUGAUCUUCGGCGCCGGCGCCAUCGGCCUCCUCCUGGCCGCAGCCCUCGCCGCAGCAGAAUCCUUCUCCACCAUCGUCAUCGCCGACAUCGACGCCUCGCGUCUCGCCAUCGCCGACUCCCUCAACCUCAACCUGACCACCACCACCCUCCCCAAAACCGCCCCGCCGCCAAAGGAUGCCCCGCCCGCCGAGCAAACCGCCCACGCACUGCAAACCGCCCAGCACGUCGCUGCCGCCCUCAAGGCCACCGCCGCCGCCGCCACGGCGAACCCCGACACCGAGAUGCCCGGCUUCACCCGCGUCUACGACUGCACGGGCGUCCCUGCGUGCGUGCAGGCCGGCAUCUACGCCGCCGCCCCGGGCGCCGUCCUGGUCCAGAUUGGAAUGGGGAAUCCCGUGCAGACGUUGCCCGUGGGCGCGGCCGCCUUGCGAGAGGUCGAUAUCAUUGGAGUCUUCCGAUACGAUGGGUAUGCGUACCCGGCUGCAAUCCAGCUGAUGGAGAGCGGCAAAUUUGCCGUUGUCGAGGAGAAGGUGGUGACACAUCGCUUGGGGUUGGCGGAGGGCGUGAGGGCGUUUACCUUGGCUGGGAAGGGGGUUGAUGAGACGGGGAAGCCAGUUGUGAAGGUUGUUAUUGAGAGCUAA